UGUGUGGAGCACUCGUGAGAAUGCAUGUACAUGUGUGGGGCGUGUCAGUGUGUGUGCAUGCAUGUGAAUGCAUUCGCCAGUGUAUGUGUUUGUGUGUGGUGACUGUGAAUCUUGUGUGUGUGUGUACCUCUGAAUGUGUGCAUGCUUGUGUGUGCGCCUGUGUGUGUGUGCAUGUCUGUGAGUGUGUGCAUGCCCAUGUGUGAAUGUGUGUGUGGCUGUGUCUGAGUGUGUGUGUGCCUGUGUGCUGCAGGCGAGAGAGACUGCUCCGGCUUGGCGAGUGGCAGAGCAGUUAGUACACAACUAGUAGUGAGAAAGGAAGCUGGGAAGAGACUGGGAAGAGGCAACCGACCUCAUUAACAAAAGCUCAGUUUUGUCCCUGCGGACCCAACCGGCAGAAGAGACGGGGCGAGCCGGUGGCUGUCCGCCAGGGAGGUCGGGCUCCCUGCAAACAGUUGAAGGCAUCUUUAUCUUGCCCUUCUCAGGGGGAGUCCUGAGGCUUGACGCUCAGGAAGUUUUCAAAGCGGCAGCAGCUGCGUUGGAGAAGACCAGCAAGGAGAGCGGAGUGUUUAUGUGAACUUCAAUUCUAUAUUUUCUGUGGGGAUUAGAAAAGCACUUGGGAGGCACGUUAAUCUUGCCGGCCUUGUCAGGAGCGAUCAGCGAGUUUUAUUAAAAGCCCCGGGAUUGCCUGAAAGGCCUCCUUGUCUGACUUUGAAAUGAAAGGGGCAUGUUAAGAUUUCAGGGCACAUUGUCAAGACCCCUCGCCCUGCCCCUUGGACUAUGAGCUGACCCUCCAGGUGGAACCACAGAAGCCCUCCUUUGUUGAAGGGAUUUCGCUGGUGGACGGAAGGGAGUUGGGCCCUGUCAGCAUGAACUCUCCGAGUUGGGGGUUGGUGAAUGCCCUGCUGCUGCUGCUGCUGCUCCUCCUGGCCUGGGCCAGCCCCACCUUCAUCAGUGUCAACCGUGGGGUGAGGGUGAUGAAGGGCCACUCCACCUUCCUGUCAGAAGAUGACCUGAAGUUUGCCAUCCCCAAAGAGAAAGAUGCCUGCAAAGUGGAAGUUGUGACGAAUGAGCCAAUAACCCAGAGGGUUGGGAAACUCACUCCACAGGUCUUUGACUGCCAUUUCCUUCCCAAUGAAGUCAAGUAUGUUCACAAUGGUUGUCCAAUUCUUGAUGAAGACACAGUGAAGCUCAGACUUUACAGAUUUACUGAAACAGAUACCUUCAUAGAAACCUUUAUCCUGCGGGUCUAUCUCCUGGAACCAGACUGUAACAUCAUCCGUAUGAGUAGCAAUGUGCUGGAGGUGCCUGAAUUCAAUGGACUGUCCCAAGCAAUUGAUCAAAAUCUGCUUAGAUUCGAUUAUGAUAGGAUGGCUAGACUGGAAUGCACGGUCAGCCUGGACACUGCGAGAACUCGACUGCCAGCCCAUGGUCAGACAGUUCUGGGGGAGCCUCGGCCAGAAGAACCUCGUGGAGAUCAGCCACACAGUUUUCUCCCAGAGUCCCAACUGGGAGCAAAACUGAAGUGUCCAGGUGGAAGCUGUACCCCAGGAUUAAAGAAAAUAGAAAGCCUCAAAGUGAGCUGUGAGGAGUUCCUGCUGAUGGGGCUUCGUUAUCAGCAUCUGGAUCCCCCUUCACCCAACAUUGAUUAUAUCUCCAUCCAACUGGACCUCACAGAUAGCAGGAGUAAAGUUGUGUACAAGUCAGAGAGUGCAUGGCUGCCUGUCUAUAUCAGAGCUGGAAUUCCGAAUCAGAUUCCAAAGGCUGCGUUCAUGGCCAUGUUUAUUCUGGAAGUGGAUCAGUUCAUCCUGACCUCCUUGACUACAUCAGUUCUGGACUGUGAAGAAGAUGAGACCCCUAAACCUUUGCUGGUGUUCAACAUUACUAAAGCCCCACUUUGGGGCUAUGUGACUCACCUGUUGGAUCACACCAGACCAAUCUCCUCAUUCACCUGGAAGGAUCUCAGUGACAUACAGAUCGCCUAUCAGCCACCAAACAGUAGUCAUUCUGAGAGAAGACAUGAUGAGGUAGAAUUGGAGGUAUAUGACUUCUUCUUUGAAAGGAGUGCACCUAUGACAGUCCACAUUUCCAUCAGAACAGCAGAUACAAAUGCCCCCCGUGUAUCCUGGAAUACAGGUCUGAAUCUCCUGGAGGGGCAGUCUCGAGCCAUCACUUGGGAACAGUUUCAGGUUGUUGACAAUAAUGACCUUGGUGCUGUCCGGCUAGUCACCGUUGGUGGCCUGCAGCAUGGAUGGCUAACAUUAAGAGGGGGGAAAGGAUUUCUCUUCACUGUGGCUGACCUCCAGGCUGGAGUUGUUCGCUAUCAUCAUGAUGACAGUGACUCCACCAAAGACUUCGUGGUCUUCCGGAUAUUUGAUGGCCAUCACAGCAUCCAUCACAAAUUCCCCAUCAACAUCCUGCCUAAAGAUGAUAGUCCCCCAUUCCUCAUAACCAAUGUUGUGAUUGAACUGGAGGAGGGGCAGACCAUCCUGAUCCAGGGAUCCAUGCUGCGAGCUUCGGAUGUGGAUGCCAGUGAUGACUACAUCUUCUUCAAUAUCACGAAACCUCCGCAGGCUGGGGAGAUCAUGAAGAAGCCAGGGCCAGGACUGAUAGGCUAUCCUGUGCCUGGCUUCCUUCAGAGGGAUUUGUUUAAUGGAAUCAUUUAUUAUCGUCACUUUGGUAGAGAAAUCUUUGAAGAUUCUUUUGAAUUUGUCCUGUGGGACAGCCAUGAACCUCCAAAUCUUUCAGUGCCACAGGUGGCAACAAUCCAUAUCACUCCAGUGGAUGACCAGCUUCCAAAGGAGGCUCCUGGAGUUUCUCGGCAUUUGGUUGUCAAGGAAACUGAGGUGGCCUAUAUAACUAAGAAACAUCUACAUUUUAUAGAUACAGAAUCAUAUGACAGGGAGCUGGUCUACACAAUAACUACUCCUCCAUUUUUCUCCUUCAGCCACAGACACUUGGAUGCUGGGAAAUUAUUCAUGGUGGACAGCAUACCAAAGGUAGUCAAAAAUCCUGCGGCCCUGGAGCUGAGGUCAUUCACUCAGCAUGCUGUAAACUAUAUGAAAGUGGCCUACAUGCCCCCUAUGCAAGACAUUGGCCCCCACCGCAGAGAUAUCCAGUUCACAUUUUCCAUCAGUAACCAACAUGGCGGCACUUUGCAUGGGAUCUGCUUUAACAUUACAGUCCUCCCAGUGGACAAUCAAGUUCCUGAGGUAUUCACCAACCCUCUGAAAGUGACUGAGGGAGGUCAGUGUGUCAUCAGCACAGAGCACAUUCUGGUUUCUGAUGCAGAUACCAAGCUGAACAAUAUUGACCUCUCCCUUCGGGGACUACCUCUGCACGGAAGGGUGGAGCUGAAUGGAUUUCCUCUAAAUGCAGGAGGCACAUUUUCUUGGGACGAUCUCCAUACCUUAAAAGUUAGGUAUCAACAUGAUGGAUCUGAGGUUCUUCAGGAUGACAUACUCUUGGAGGUCACCGAUGGCACAAAUUCAGCAGUAUUUGUUCUACAUGUUGAGGUAGUCCCUGUCAAUGAUGAACGACCAGUCCUAAAGGCGGACCUCAUGCCUGUCAUGAAUUGCUCAGAGGGAGGAGAGGUAGUCAUCACCUCCGAAUACAUUUUUGCUACUGAUGUGGACAGCGAUGACUUAAAGUUGAUGUUUGUGAUUGCUCGAGAACCUCAGCAUGGGGUGGUGAGGAGAGCUGGAGUCACAGUGCAUCAGUUCUCCCAGAGAGAUGUUAUCUCAGAGGCUGUGACAUACAAACACACAGGUGGUGAGAUUGGCGUGAUGCCUUGUUUUGACACCAUUACAUUGUUGGUUUCGGAUGGAGAGGCUGGCUCUUUUGUGAAUGGCUGCUGCUACAAUGGACCUAAUCCAUCUGUUCCUCUUCAUGAGUCCUUUCCAGUGUAUCAUCUCAACAUCACAGUAUAUCCAGUAGACAACCAGCCACCUUCCAUUGCAAUAGGUUCCAUGUUUGUUGUAGAUGAGGGCUGCUCAGCAGCUCUUACCGUUAACCAUUUGUCUGCCAGUGACCCUGACACUGCAGCAGAUGACUUGGAAUUUGUUUUGGUGUCUCCUCCUCAGUUUGGCUACCUCGAAAAUAUACUCCCUUCUGUGGGUUUUGAAAAAAGCAAUAUGGGCAUAAGUAUAGAUUCAUUUCAGUGGAAAGACAUGAACGCUUUUCACAUUAACUAUGUGCAGUCCAGGCAUCUGAGGACAGAACCAACUGCCGACCUGUUCACAGUAUACGUCACAGAUGGGAAGCAACAGUCUGUGGAGAUACCAUUUUCUAUUAUCAUCAACCCCACAAAUGAUGAAGCGCCUGACUUUGUAGUGCAGAAUAUUACUGUGUGUGAGGGCCAGAUGAAAGAGCUGGAUUCUUCCAUCAUCAGAGCCGUGGACCUGGACGUUCCCCAGGAUCCCUUGCUGUUCAGCAUCACUCAGAAGCCACGCCAUGGCAUCCUCAUCAGUGGAGGGUUUAGCAAAGACUUCUCUGAGAAUAAGCAGCCAGCCAACCCUGACCAGAAACGUACACCUGUUCACAACUUUUCCAUGGAACUCCUCAAGACUGGAAUGAGGUUGACAUAUGUGCACGAUGACUCAGAGAGCCUUGCUGAUGAUUUUACAAUCCAGUUGUCAGAUGGGAAACAUAAGACACUUAAAACCAUUUCAGUACAGAUCACCCCAGUUAAUGAUGAAAAACCAAUGCUGAGCAAGAAGGCUGAAAUUGCAAUGAAUAUGGGGGAAACUCGUAUUAUUUCUAGUGCUAUUCUUUCCGCCAUAGAUGAAGACUCACCCAGGGAGAAGAUUUACUAUGUAUUUGAAAGGCUUCCCCAAAAUGGGCAACUUCAGCUUAAGAUAGGGAGGGACUGGGUUCCUCUCUCCCCUGGCAUGAGAUGCACUCAGAAGGAAGUGGAUCUGAACUUGCUGAGAUACGCACAUACUGGGGCAAUGGAUUCCCAGAAUCGGGAUAGCUUCACCUUCUAUCUUUGGGAUGGCGACAACAGGUCCCCUGCUCUUGACUGUCAAAUCACCAUCAAGGACAUAGAAAAAGGUGAUAUUGUCAUCUUUACAAAACCACUUGUGGUGUCUAAGGGUGACAGAGGUUUCUUAACGACCACCAGUCUCCUGGCUGUAGAUGGGACAGACAAGCCUGAGGAACUGCAAUAUGUCAUCACCUCCCCUCCACGAUAUGGCCAGGUCGAAUAUGUCCGCUAUCCUGGAGUUCCCAUUACAAGUUUCAGCCAAAUGGAUAUAGCCGGGCAGACAGUUUGCUACGUACACAAGAGCAAGGUGACUGUCUCCAGUGACAGAUUCAGAUUCAUCAUCAGCAAUGGACUGCGGACCAAGCAUGGGGUGUUUGAGAUCACACUGGAGACUGUGGACAGAGCCCUGCCCGUGGUAACCAGGAACAAGGGGUUGAGACUGGCCCAAGGGGCCGUGGGCCUGCUUUCCCCUGACCUCCUUCAGCUGACUGACCCUGACACGUCUGCAGAGAACCUCACCUUCCUCUUGGUUCAGCUUCCCCAGCAUGGCCGGCUCUACCUGUGGGGGACAGGGCUGCUUCAACACAAUUUCACCCAGCAGGAUGUGGACAGCAGAAACGUGGCCUAUCGGCACUCAGGAGGGGACUCACAGACUGACUGCUUUACUUUCAUGGCCACAGACAGGACAAACCAAGGUUUUGUUGUGAAUGGGAGAGUGUGGGAAGAACCUGUUUUAUUCGCCAUUCAGGUGGACCAGUUGGACAAAACAGCUCCCCGUAUCACACUCUUGCAUUCCCCUUCUCAAGUGGGGCUCCUGAAAAAUGGCUGCUAUGGGAUUUACAUCACUUCCCACGUGCUGAAGGCAUCAGACCCUGACACUGAGGACGAUCAGAUCAUCUUUAAAAUUUUACAAGGUCCAAAACAUGGACAUCUGGAGAACACAACAACAGGUGAAUUUAUCCAUGAGAAAUUUAGCCAAAAGGACUUAAACAGUAAGACCAUUCUUUACAUCAUAAACCCAUCUUUGGAAGUAAAUUCAGAUACCAUGGAAUUUCAAAUCAUGGAUCCCACAGGGAACUCGGCCACUCCUCAAAUUUUGGAAUUGAAGUGGUCUCAUAUUGAGUGGUCACAGACCAAAUAUGAAGUCUGUGAGAAUGUGGGUGUGUUGCCCUUGGAAAUUAUCAGAAGGGGAUAUUCCAUGGACUCGGCCUUUGUGGGUAUAAAGGUCAACCAAGUGUCAGCUGCAGUUGGAAAAGAUUUCACCGUGACUCCAUCUAAACUGAUUCAGUUUGACCCAGGAAUGUCAACUAAGACGUGGAAUAUAGCAAUUACCUAUGACGGAUUAGAGGAAGAUGAUGAGGUCUUUGAAGUAAUUCUGAACUCCCCUGUGAAUGCAGUUCUUGGCACAAAGACAAAAGCUGCAGUGAAAAUUUUGGACUCAAAAGGAGGACAGUGCCAUCCUUCAUAUUCCUCCAACCAAAGCAAGCACAGAACAUGGGAAAAGGGCAUUUGGCGUCUGCUGCCCCCAGGGUCUUCCUCAUCCACCACUUCUGGUUCCUUUCAUCUGGAAAGAAGACCUCUUCCAUCUUCCACGCAGCUAGCAGUCACCAGGGGAGACGCCCUGUGGGGCUUCGAUUCUACACAUUUUUCUCAAAGGAAGCUUAGGACCCGUGGGAAUGGCAAAACAGUUCAUCCAUCCUCUGUUUAUAGAAAUGGAACAGACAUCAUCUAUAAUUAUCAUGGGAUCGUUUCCUUGAAACUGGAGGAUGACAGUUUUCCAAGUCUCAAAAGGAAGGCCAAAGUCUCCAUCAUUAGUCAGCCCCAAAAGACAAUUAAGGGGGCAGAACUGCCUCAAGCAGAUAAGGUGGAAUCCACAACUGGCUCACACUUCCUUAGACAGGACCAUUUGCCCUCAUUCCCAAAGAAUUGCACUCUGGAAUUAAAAGGACUCUUCCAUUUUGAAGAAGGCAUCCGGAAGCUGUAUCAGUGCAAUGGGAUUGCCUGGAAAGCCUGGAGUCCCCAAACCAAGGAUGUGGAGGACAAAUCCUGCCCAGCUGGGUGGCACCAUCACUCAGGCUACUGUCACAUCUUGAUCACAGAGCAGAAAGGCACCUGGAAUGCAGCUGCCCGAGCUUGCAGGGAACAAUACCUGGGCAACCUUGUAACUGUAUUCUCCAGGCAGCACAUGCGAUGGCUCUGGGACAUUGGUGGGAGAAAGUCCUUCUGGAUAGGUUUGAAUGAUCAAGUGCAUGCUGGCCACUGGGCGUGGAUCGGUGGUGAACCUGUUGUCUUCAUCAAUGGGAGAAGAGGGCCCUCUCAACACUCCAAGCCUGGAAAGAGCUGUGUUUUGGUUCAAAGACGAGGGAAAUGGCAAACAAAAGACUGUAGGAGAGCCAAACCUCACAAUUAUGUGUGUUCCAGAAAACUCUAAAUAUAACAGGCCCUAUAGGUUCCCCCCUGGAAUUUGUCACCUAUUUAUUUACAGGAUCUGUGACUAUUUGCUCCAUAGAAAACAAACUAUUAAAUGAUUGACUGGGGAUACUUUUUUGAUUCUGUCUAGUAAAAGGGGAACAUUUUUAAUAGUGCCAGAAAGAUUGAUAAAUGAAUAUUUUUUACAAGAUAAGGUAUAAUUUUUGUCUCUCAAUACCUUUUGCAAUAAAUGCCAGCAGUAUUAUAAAGCAUAAGAUUGGUUUAUUCCAGAAGACCCCCACCCUUACCCUACUCCAAAUCUCAGGCAGUACCAGUCUUAUGGUCCUUGGAUUUUUUUUUAAUUUUUUGGUCCCAUUACCUCUAAUAAAUUUAUUCUGAAAUACAUAUUGCAGGUGCUCCUACCAUUUUAGUUUGAGUGAAGCUAACUCUACUAGUUCAUUUAACCAAAAUUGAACUGCAAAGGUCCCUUUGGAGCCCUUUAAAUGAGAAAUCUAAGAUUAGAGGCUAUGGAUUAAAAGAUUUUUCUAUGGUGAAAAAGCAAGAUUUUAGAUGAAAGAAUCUUGUAGGUGGAGGCUCAUCUACAAAGCUCUAGUUCACGUAAGAAUUCAGGGGGCUGCCUGUACUUCAGAGUUCUACGCAUCACUGUUCAUGAAACAAAUCUCCCUUUUAAAUUUGAAUGUUGGCAUUCUACCAUCCUAGAGCUAAUGGUUGAGUUUCCCCAGCCUUACAGAGUCAUGAGAAAUUUCAAGUAACAUAAUCUCUUCCUCUGUGUUUAUUGUACUGACAAGCAUUUCUCAAGGACAUUUGGGAUAAAGAGUAUAUAUGAAUGACGGUUGACAUAUGGAAGAAAAAUACUGCUCUUUCAGAAGUGUCCUGUUGAACUGCGCUGAUGAACAGAGAAAAGUAAAACUGAAAAUAGAGCCCUUGAAAGCCUACAUUCUCGAAAAGGAUUUUGAGGCAAUUUUGAGUCCUUAUAUCUUUAAUAUUUGCAGAAAUGCCAUGUUAACUAGAUUCCCUAAUGGAAAGGUACCUUAUAAAUUUAUAAUCUCAGCAGAGUGGAACAUUUUUGUAACAAUGAAGUAUGUUACAGCCUUACCAGAUCUCCCUUCUGAAAUCAAGCUUUAAUUAUAGGAAAUUAGAACUGUAUGUCUGAAACAUUUAUUUAAAAUUUUUCUCUUUUCAUAAUCACUGAGAAAUAUGGUUGUGCCAAAUGUCACUUGCUCUAUGAGCACCGAUGUAACUUCAAAUGCGGUUAUCACAUAGACGGGAGCUCUGGUGCUGGUUUUAUUAUAAAAAUACCUUGAGUGUUGCAGACACUAAAAUUGCUUGAAGAAAGUCAGUUCAAGUUCUGGAUACAAAAACAUGACAGCUUAUUUAAUUUCAAUUCAUUUAUCAAGGUUAUAAUUAAUAGAAAAAUUUACAAAGAGAUUGGAAUAUGCUUCAGACAUUCUGCCUAUUACUUAAAGCUAAACAUAAUUGUAGUGUCAGAGGGUCCUUACCUUAGAUGACACAGGUGGGCUCCAGACUGGCAUAAUGUACAGGUUCUCUGUGAAAUACAAGCCGUUUCUUGAAGUUUAAUCAAAACAUACUACACCUAUCCUCUUACUAGCUCCAGUCAAAUUCCUUCUGGUCCACCGGCUUCUUCUGUAUGGAAAUGUGAGGGUUGCGCUAAAGAAAAAAGAGUUAUUUUUCUAAAGGGUUAAGUCUGAGGAAGGAAGUAGAAGUUUGGGAAAUGAGGGAUUCAAGGGCCACUCCCUCCACUGGAACUCUAAAACUAUAUCAACCAUCUAUAACUGGAAAUCUAGAAGUAUGUCAACUAUGUAAACUCUGGUCAGCAUGGCAGAUUUAUUAUACUUUUCUGCAAUAUAAAUGAUAAAUGACACUGAACUAAUUGCAAAUGUUAGCAUAAAGAGUGAGUGUUUUGAUUUUUAAAACAAUCAGAAAUACUACAAGAAUAUUUAAAAAUAUUCCUGAUUGUGAAAGCAUUAAUCAAGUUGGAAAAUUCAAGUCAUUUUAGGAAGGUAAAAAUAGAAAUUUGGAAAAGUCUGGGUGGUGGGCAGUAUUCAUCAAACCUUCCUUUUAUUCUUACAAUUGAACUUUGACUCGGGGAGAAAAAAGUAAAUGAUUGUCAAGGUUCCCUCUGCUUUGGUUGAUAGUUUCUGAUGGGAGUGGGAAGGAAGGAAAUGGAGUAAUGGAUAGAAUGGGAAUGAGAGAUUACGAGAGAGAAAAGGAGAGAAAGGUGAGAAGGGUUCAAUGGAAAGGAUAGGAACCAAUGGUAGCUACGAAGGAAAGCAGUAAGAAGGACCCAGCUGAAGGUACCCAGCUCUUCUCUCCAAACUUCAGUACCAACUCAGGAAAAGGCCCUCUGUAUCAAGGAGCAUCAAUCCAGCUCAGUAGUGCCUAGCUUUUCAAAAUCUUUUGAUUGUUUGGUCUUUAACAAACACACAGCAUCUAUUUGCUAAAAAUAAACUUAAAGAACAUAUGAUAAUCAUUUCAUCUCCUUCCAAGAAGUGGUGAAAAUGAACCAGGUGACAUUAAUUUGAUUUUUGUUUUUGUUUAUUUUUAAUACAGCCAGAAAGAUAUGCACAUAUUUUAAUUUACACUAUGUUUCUGUAUAAUUUAAACCAUAAACUGGUGCUGAUUAAUUUCUGCAACAAAGCAGCAUGUUAAAUGUACUGUAUCUAGUGUUGUAUCAAAAUUAAUAAAAGAAAUUUGUUUUAA